GCACAAGGAUGUCGCAGCUUGAGAUAAGAGAGCCGAGAGUGGACUUCUUCAAUCGCAGCAAACGCGUUCGCCGAGUCACUCAUCCUAUGUUUGAGCAAAAGUUCGCACUUGCCAAGUUCAUGGCCAGCUACAACUACAAAGCACCGGAUAGCAUAAUUUGCCUCCUUUGAGUGUGUGUGAGUGUGUUUUCACGGAUUUUAUCAAGCAAUAUGUCUUGUCAACCAUCGUUGCUUAAUAUUACCAAUGAAAGCUUCAAAAAUGAAUUGAACAAAAGUGCUGUGGCUGAUCCAGGUUUGAAUCUAAAUAUUUUUGUAAUAGGUAGUGAUAUAAAAGAUGGAAAUAGAUCAACUCUGAAACUAGUUGAGAAGUCGAAAGAGGAAUUAAAUGAAGAAGAAUAUGAUCCAUUUAGUUUUAGACAAGUCCAGCAUCCAACUACAUAUGGUGAGACUCUAGUCAACUUUUUAAAGUCUCUGGUUGGUACCGGAGUACUAGCCAUGCCAUAUGGAUUUCAGAAUACGGGGAUGAUUAUUGGCAUUCUUGGAACAUGUAUAAUAGGUUUUAUCAGUGCAUAUUGCGGCAAUACAUUGGUAAGGUGCUCUCACAUUUUACUCAAGCGCAGAAAAAUUCCAAUUUUGGAUUUCGCAGGUGUUGCCGAGCAAGCCUUUUUAUCAGGGCCUCAGCGGUUUAGAAAGUAUUCUAUGUUCGUUGGGAAGUUCAUAGAUCUGUUCAUUGUACUGGGUACAAUAGGAGGUAACGGCUGCUAUAUUGUCUUUAUAGCAUCUAAUCUGAAACAACUACUGGACCCAAUGGUGGGCGAACACAGCUCGCGAAUCUACAUGGUCGCAAUGCUGCCUGUGAUUCUGGUGAUGAACCUGGUGCGCAAUCUCAAGUACAUAGCUCCGUUUUCGAUGUUCGCCAACGCCGUCCUCGGUUCGGGACUUGUCAUUAUCUUCUAUUACAUAGUGCAAGACUUGCCUGCUGUCAGCACCAUGCCACUCUACGCCAGUGCCUCUCAACUGCCCUUGUUUUUCGGCACAGCAGUCUUCGCUUAUGGUAUGAUUGGAGUGGUGCUACCACUUGAGAAUGAUAUGAAAAAGCCAACCCAGUUCCUGGGGGUUGGAGGAGUGUUGAGCAUUGGUGUGUGCUUCACGGCUGUUCUCUACACCACGAUGGGAUUCCUCGGCUACUUGAAGUACGGCGAGAAGACCGAGGCCAGUAUCACUCUCAAUCUGCCGCUGGAUGAACCAAUUGCUAAAUCAGUCAAACUAUUGUAUUCGGUGGCUGUUCUAUUCACUUACCCAAUGGCCAGUUAUCCAGCUAUGCAGAUACUUCAAUCAUACUCAGCCAAGAGCUUCAAGUCGCUGUCUGUGCUCUAUUUCUUCAGAGUUCUGAUGGAUGUAUUGACUGUGCUUCUGGCAAUCCUUAUUCCCAACCUGGGAGCAUUCGUAUCAUUGGUGGGUGCUGUGUCAUCAUGUUUGUUUGGUUUGAUUUUUCCACCAGUCAUUGAACUUUUGACAUACUACGAGGAUUUCAACUAUGGAAGAUUCUACAGUAGGAUAUGGAAGAACAUCUUCAUUAUCAUCUUUGGGGCACUUGGUUUCAUAACAGGAACAUACUUCAGUAUUUUAGAUAUAAUUAAUUUUGAUAAGUGAUUAAAUAGAAACUAUUUAUAUGAACAAC